AUGAUAGCGUCUGGCCUGCUUGGCGCCAAAGGACCAGAAGUCCAUCACUUCGUUCUUCGGUCAACCAAAGAACGCCAAGAAGUCAAGAAGCCUGCGUCCGACGAAGAGGACGAGGACAGCGAGGAUGACAAACCAGAAGAUGAUGAGUCUGUAGAAGACGACGCUGAAUCUAGGGCCACCAAGGGAAGUACCAUAGAGAACUCAGACCUUCCCCCCAUCCACGAAAUUCCUAAUGUCGCGCAACAUCUAAAAGGCCGCAAGAUGCGCGUUGCGACGAUGUGUUCUGGCACAGAAUCUCCCCUCCUUGCCCUCAACUUGAUUCAGCGGUCAAUCAAAGAACACUAUGACAUGGAGCUUGAGUACGAGCACGUAUUUUCCUGCGAAAUCGAGCCUUUCAAGCAGGCAUACAUCGAGCGAAAUUUCCAACCACCGCUUCUGUUUCGUGAUGUUUGCGAACUCGGGGACGACGAAGCAACUACCGCCUACGGCGCGUUGGCUCCCGUACCCGGAGAUGUUGACCUUCUCGUCGCCGGCACGUCCUGCGUCGACUACUCGAACCUGAACAAUGAAAAGCAGGACAUCGAUGCGAACGGCGAGUCUGGUCGUACCUUCCGCGGGAUGAUGUCUUGGGUGAAGAAACAUCGACCUCCACUGGUCAUCCUGGAGAACGUCUGCAGUGCUCCAUGGGACAAGGUCGCUAAGUACUUCGCCCAACACGACUACAGCGCAAGCCACCUGCGCGUCGACACGAAGACGUUCUACAUCCCGCACACGCGCACACGUGUUUACCUCCUGGCGGUGGACAAGAGGCGAUCGGACCUUCCGGAAGCAUGGAUGGAUUUGCUCAGCAAGCUCAAGCGCCCCGCGUCCUCUACCCUGGAUGCCUUCCUUCUACCUACCGAUGACCCCCGUAUACACCAAGCCCGACAAAAGCUUGCGAACGAGGCAAACAACUCGUCUCGGUCGGCGAAGGGGCGUGUCAUCGACUGGGGUCGUUGCGAGAGCCGGCACCAACGGGCGCGUCUUGAGGAGCAGCUGGGCACGAAGCGACCGCUGACGAGUUGGGAAGAGGGCGGUUUCUGCAAGCUCCCCGACUUCGCGUGGAAUGACUGGGGAACGGUGCAGGUUGAGCGUGUUUGGGAUUUAAUGGACAUCAGUCUUCUGCGCUCCGCGAAGAAGGGCGUCGACUCGUCCUUCAAGACGCAAGUGUGGAAUCUGUCGCAGAACGUGGAUCGUUCGACCGGCUCAAGCAAGCCUGGCAUCUGCCCAUGUCUCACUCCCACUAUGAUUCCGUACAUCACGAAUCGCGGUGGCCCUAUGGUCGGUCUUGAAGCGCUGUCCAUGCAAGGUCUUCCCGUCAACGAGCUUCUACUCACGCGAGAGACGGAGGAUCAGCUGGCGGACCUCGCGGGGAACGCAAUGUCAACUACGGUCGUCGGUGCUUGCAUUCUAGCCGCACUCGUGGUCGGAAGGAAGCUGCUCAAGGAAGGUUCCGACACCCGGACGUACGGGGAGCACCACGAGGAUAAGAUGGACGAGGAUGUCCCCGAGGCGAAAGAAGAGGACGAGAUCAUGGAACAACUCAAAAAGAAGCCACUCAACUUGGCUGCUUCGUCCUCAAAGCUAUCGCUCCAGGGCAUCCUCGAACAGGCGAAGCGCAGUGUCCGUCUUUGCGGCUGUGAAGGCAGGAAAGGCAUGACCGACCGGACCCUCAACCGGUGUGGUGGUCGUCCGGAACAUAAUUACGAGCCUAUCGAUCUCAAGGCCCACCCUCGUCUCUCGCCCGCGACGUUCGAGAAAGACUUGAAAGCCAUCCUCCCCAUGUCCCUCCGAAUCUCCAACGUCUCGAAUGGGCUACUCGACAAGCUCGCCGUGGAUGCCGACCUCGACGUCGCUUCGUCGCGCUGGACUGGAUGGCGCGACGCCGUUCUCCGUGCAGUAGAACCUGAGCUCCGCUUCGUCGAGCCGAAGCGUCAAGAACUGUGGUCCAUUGUUUACCAGUCCUCUACCGCCAAGCUCGAGCUUUCGCUUCACCCGCAACAGCCUGAGUGGCGCCUUUUCACCUACCCACUCGCUAACGAGCCAGCAAACGCGGAGAUCCGGAGAGUGCUGGAAGCUCCUGUCGGUCGCUUCACCUGCGUCAACGGCCUAUUGAGCGGCACGUGGCAGUUCGCGCUCCCCGUGGUCUCCAAGUUCGACGUCACUGUCGAAGGCUCCGAAGAGCUCGUCCCUUCGUGGGAGCAGAAAAUCGGUCUUCAGGGAGACGAGUUCAAGGCGCGGAGUGUUCAUGCCCAGCUGAAGAUCACUGUGCGGCGCGGCGAAUGGAUCUCUCACAAGCGCACGACAACGAAGGCGGACGAACACAUGCCUUCGAUUUUCAUGCUCAUCGACCCGAUGCGUUGUGGGGACGUCACUCAGGACUCCUUCGUAUUCUCCAUCAGCACGAGGAGGUAUGAAUUCGGCGAGCAUCGCCCAACCAUCGCAUCGUUUGAUCCCAAGUGGAGGCAGUCAGACACAGAUGGCCCGGAAAUUGUCAAGUGCACCGUCCCCUGCCGAUGGGUGGAAGCGCAGAGUGUCAAGAUGGUGGAGCGCCACGCUCUUCUCGUGGCCCGUGUCUCGCUCGGUGAUCGUGCAGGUCCCGAGUGGCCCCGUGGACCGUGGCUGGAGGUCGACAAGGUGCAUGAACGUUCGACGUUCCGGUCGCUCGCUUGGCUCGUGGAGCGAAUCCGCAACAUCGAGGGUCAGUUCAACGAGUGGCAGUCCUGUGGCGAACACGACGGUCAAGUCAAGUGCCGUCGUUGCGCGCCCGUCCCUCCGUCUAUCCGGUGGACGAAGGUCAAGAAGCGGAUAGCCGCCUUCGAGGACAGCAUUGAGGCCGGAGAGUUCGAACGUAGCCUCAAACGCCGCCCCGCGCCGUUCGUGACGCAGCUCAAGCUCGACGAGAAAGGUGACGGCGUUGUCCGGAUCGGUGUCAACCUCUCAUCGCUCAUGCACCGCGCCCUCUCCCGCCUUCCUCCCGCCGUCCGCGCUGAAUCCUCCACCCUCUCGUGGAAGCUGAACACCGACUUUACACCCGCAAUCAGCAUGCAAUUCCCGACGUUCGAGCUGGCCAGCAACAAGCACGAUGAGGAGCACACUCAGCCACCCAACUUCGUCACUCCUCUCCGCCCUGAACAGCUCCGCUCCUUGUCCUGGAUGCUCGCGCAGGAGUCCAAGGAAGCGCCCCCCUUCAUCGAAGAGGAGAUUUCCGAAGCCAUCCUCGAGCCCCUCGGAUGGCGCGCGGAGGGACGCGCUCAACGUCCCCACCAUAUCCGCGGAGGCGUCCUCGCUGACCAAGUUGGGUAUGGCAAAACCGCCAUCUCGCUCGGGCUCAUCGACUGUGCGACCGAGGACGUCAACAAAGAGUUCAAGCAGUUCAAGAAAAUGAAAGGGCACAUCGCGACGAAAGCGACACUCAUCAUCGUCCCUCCGCACCUGACGCGCCAGUGGGAAUCAGAGACCCGCAAGUUCGCGAAGAAGCAUUUUGUUGUCGUCGUGCUCCACACGGCGACGAACAUCAACGCGCUCAAGAUCGAGGACGUUCUGGAGGCGGACAUCGUCAUCGUCGCGUCGAACCUUUUCAGGAGCACGGUGUACCAGGACAACUUGGAGGUGUUCGCGGGUGCGGGAGAGCUGCCGGUACAGGACGGGCGCUUCUUCGACGCACGUCUCGACAUCACGCUCAAGGGCCUCGAGGAGCAGGUUGAGCGUCUCAGGAACGACGGGGCGAAAGCCGUCUUUAAGCAGAUCCUCGAGGGUCGCAAGAUCGACGAGGCCGCUCAACUCUUCGUUCCUACCAAGCGACUGAAGGGCAAGUCUUACCGUGACGCUGCGGACAACGCUUCCGAAGACGAGUCCCCUAAGCCGAAGGCGAAACCCAAGGCCAAGGCCAAGGACGAAAAGGUCAAGGCGGACCCGCCCAAGGUCAAGAAGGCCGCAUCUGAGGCUGCCAAGCCGAAGAACACGAACAUCAGCCCCCGCACCGGUCUUACUGCUGAAGUCGUAAUCCCGUCCUUCAAGGGCCGUGGCGGUUCUCCCUCCGCAUCGAGCGUUGCGACCGCGCCUCCCACGUCUGAGGCUGAGAUGGAGGAAGAGUCGGAUGCUCCUCGGGCCCGUCGUGCUGUGAAGCGCAAGGCCAUCGUUAUCUCCGACGACGACAGCGAGGACGAAGCCCCCAAGAAGAAGGGCAAAACCGCUGCGAAAGCGAAGAAGCGGCCAACGAAGCGUUCGAAGGCUUCGGAUGACUCCGAUUACGAGGGUGCUGCCUCUGAAGCCAGUGACGAGGAGGACUUCGUCGCGGAGGAGAGCGAGAGCGACGAAAACUUCGAAGAAGAGUCAGAUGAGGAUGAGAAGCCGAAGAAGGCCAAGGCCAAGGCCAAGCCCCCUCCGAAGAAGCGUGCGUCCGCGAAGAAGUCCUCGACGACUUCUGGGUCCGAGGAUGCGAUGGACGUCGACGACGAUGACGACGACGACGACGACGACGAGAAGCCCAAGGGCAAGGGCAAGAAACCUGCGAAGAAGCCAAAGGCAGAGGCAAAACCCGCGAAACCCAAGAAGCGGCGCGAGGAGUCGGACCCGUGGAAGCUCAAGUCGUCCGCGGUGCAGAACGAUUGGAAGAGGAUGCAGGCGCCUCCUCUCGAGAUGUUCCACUUCGCGCGCAAGAUCGUAGACGAGUACACGUACCUCGACGGGAAGGUGCUCUCGAUGGUUACGAGGGUGCAGGCGGAACGUCACUGGGUGCUCUCCGGUACACCGCCGACUCACGACUUCGGUGCUCUGAAGACAAUCUCGGCGUUCCUCAACAUUCAUCUUGGUAUCGACGACGACAAUGAGGGCCAGUCGCUUCAAGUCAAGAAACGCAAGCGUGAACAGACUGCUGUCGAGAAGUUCCACUCGUUCCGCGAAGUCCACAGUCUGGAGUGGCACGCUCAUCGCGUGGAGCUCGGACAAAAGUUCCUAGGCCAGUUCGUGCGACAGAACAUCGCUGAAAUCGACGAGAUCUCUUGGAGCGAGACAAUUGUGAAGGUAUACCUCCCUGCAGCCGAACGUGCCAUCUACCUCGAGCUCGAACACUACCUUCCGAGGGAAGAGAGCGAGAGCGACCGCGAGAAGCGUUUGUCUCAAGCUUUGGGAGACAGCAGCACUGCCGAGGAAGCUCUUCUCAAGCGUUGUUCACACUUUGACCUCGAUAUCUCGGACCGCGAAAAUGCCAUGAAAGCUUGCGAAGUCAUCGUCGAGGAGCGGACGAAGCAACUCGAGGACUGCAAGAAGGACCUUCUCAAAAAGCUCAACACCGCCGUCCAGAUGGACAAGAAGAUCGGUCGGGUGCCUGACGAGUCUCUCUUCCGCGAGUUCAUCCGCGUCACCCGCACCGAGGGCGUAGGUGACCAGGAGGCGACCGAGGCAGUCUGCGAGCUCCUUGACGAGGCCAACGUCCCCGCCCCGCUCAAGUCCGCCACGAACAAGGCCGGGGACAGCAACAAGCGCGGCGGCAAGAGCGACAUCGACCUCUCCAACGCCGUCAAGGCGCUCAUCUGGGACCACCGCGAGCAGACGCACGAGAUCCGCCGCGUGACGAAGGAGCUCGUCGGCCGCUUCCGCUCCCUGCGGUACUUCACCGUCGACGUCGCGGUGCUCUCGUCGUGUGGCCACGUCGGUUGCUACGCUUGCGUCCUGUCGUGCGCGGAGAAGGAGGAGUGCGUGUAUGCGGCGUCGGGUGCGUGCCGGGCCGCCGCGCGGGUGCUGAACGUCGUCAAGGGAGACACGCUCGGCGUCGACGACGAGGCGCGCGACGGCCGCGGACGCCACUUCGGCCGCAAGCUGGAGAUGAUCGUGGAUCUUAUCAAGAACAAGAUCCCGAAGGAAGACCGCGUGCUCAUCUUCGUGCAGUUCCCGGACCUGACGCUGAAAGUCGCCCAGGCGCUCGAGGCGCACAAGAUCGCGUUCCUCGAGAUCAAGGGCUCCGCGUCGGUGAAGAGCAAGAACCUCGAGAAGUUCCAGAACGAGAGCAAGGAGCGCGUCCUCCUCCUGAACGUCAUGGACGAGUCCGCGAGCGGCGCGAACCUCACCUCCGCCAACCACGCCAUCUUCGUCUCCCCGCUCCUCGCGCCCACCCAGGAGAUCUACGACGCGUGCGAGACGCAGGCGAUCGGCCGUCUGCGGCGGUACGGGCAGCUGAAGCACGUCAACAUCUGGCGCUUCAUUAGCAUGAACACGAUCGACGUUGAGAUCUUCGAGCAGCGCACGGGACGGAAGAUUGAGUAG